AUGUCAAUGCAGGAGCAGCAGAAACCUCCGUUGUUUCAUGACAUUCCCAAGAGCGCUUUGUUUUCUAGACUCGAAGCGUUUCUGCCCGUGAUGGCAGAAGAAAACAAGAAACUGAGCGAGAAAGUAGCAGCAGGUGAAGGUGCAGAACACAACAUUGAAGUGGAAGAAGCCGACGAGGCGAGCGACGUCGACACGGACGAUGGGGUGGCGGAAGACGAUGCAAAGGAGGAGAAGAAGGAGAAUGGCGAAGCUCCAGUGAUUGAAAUGAACUUUGCAUUAGGUAUGAUGGACGAGCACGACAGCGACAGCGAGGACACGGACGCUGUCGGCUCAAAAGCAGCGGUCGAGGACGAAAUCGUAGCUUGCACAACUGGCCUUGCAUCAGUUACAGCACGACAGGAAAGCGAGACGUCGUUCCAGAUGCAGCACGAGAAACCGAGCACGAAGCCGCGUCCUGUGAUCCAGGAGCUCAAUUGA